AAGUUGGGGCUUCGCCAUAUUUCAGAGGGGUCCCUAUUGGGCGACUGCUGGGUCUGCGAGCUCUAGGAGAAGGAAGAAGAAGAAAAGCCAUGGAAGAAGAAGAAAGCGCCUCCACUAAGAUGAGGAUUUACGUUGGAGGACUAGGUGCUUCCAUGACUGAAGACGACCUCAGAAAGGUUUUUCAGAGCGUCGGCGGCGUGGUGGAGGCCGUCGAUUUCAUUCGUUCCAAAUCUCGCAGCUUCGCUUACGUUGAUUUCUUUCCGUCCUCCCAAUCGUCCAUCUCCAAACUCUUCAGCACUUACAAUGGAUGUGCUUGGAAAGGAGGAAAAUUGAGGCUUGAGAAAGCUAAGGAACAUUAUCUUGCUCGCUUGAGGCGGGAGUGGGAGGAAGAUGCUGAAAUUAUGAAUUAUGAUGAUGGUGCAGACCUGGAGACUUCUGCUCCAGAGUCUACAGAGCAUGUUGCGAAAUCAGAGCACAUUCAGAUUUUCUUUCCAAGUUUAGGAGAGGUGAAGUCUUUUCCAGUUAGUGGUACAGGAACUCACAAAUAUGAUUUUCCACAUGUUGAGGUGCCUCCUCUUCCUGUGCAUUUUUGUGACUGUGAAGAGCAUAAUGUUUCUGAUCCCACUGGCAAAUCCAUGGACACAAAAACAGGAGAUUUGGAUGCUGGGAAUGGUGGAAUUGAUGAAGAUGAAAUCAAGAUGAUGAAUACAGUGUUGAACAAGCUCUUCGAGAGGCAGGAAGCUUCUCAUGCUAAUUGUAAUGGGACCAUGGCAGUCAAGGAUAAAGACAACUCUAAGAUAUUGACCGAUAAUCAACCACUUGAAGAUAAUAAAGAGGAUAGUGAUGAAGAUAACCUUGUGCUUAAUGUAAUGGCUAGUGGCUCCAAUUCCAAACCUUUACCAUUGAACAGUGGAAGUAAAAGUUUCAAAGCUCAUGGGAACAGUAAGGGUGCGGCCAGGGAUCAGAAAGGUAAUAGCAGAGUUCAAAGCAAGAAAAGGAAAUCGGUUACCAAUGAGGAAUUUGAUGGUAAUGAAUAUGUGCCCAAUAUCUCUACUGGCAGUGGAAAGGGGAACACAAAUCCAGCAUAUGAGCCAGUUGGACCCUCGAGGCCUCAAGCUCCUGAUCAAGCAAUGCCGAUCCAAUCUUCACGUUCUCAGAAAUCUUCAUGGAAAACACUUAUUUGUGAUAAGAGCAAGGCUUCAUUCAGCAUCUCAGACAUACUGCCUUCUGUUCCUUCAGCAAAUGAAGAGCAACCAGAAGCAGAUGAUCUAAGUCUAGCUCAUUCAUCUCCGAACAGAAACAGCGACCGUGCUACUGCUGCAGUAUUGAAAAGAAAAAAAGAUAAAACGAAACCCGCGAAUAGCAAUGUUUCGUUCAGCAUUUUAGACACACUGCCUACUGCGUCUUCAGCAGAUCAAGAGCAAACAGAAGCUGCUGAUCCGAAUCGAGCUCAUUCAACUCCAAACAGAAACAGCGACCUUGCUACUGCUGCAGUAUUGAAAAGAAAAAAAGAUGAAACGAAACCCGCGAAUAGCAAUGUUUCGUUCUGCAUUUCAGAUGCACUGCCUACUGCAUCAUCAGCAGAUCAAGAGCAAACAGAAGCUGAGGAUCCGAAUCUAGCUGCAACUGAUGCAAUAUUGGAAAGCAAAUCAAAAGAAAUGAAAUCUGUGGAGAGCUCCCCAGAAGCCGAAAAUACCAUUCCGAAUGUCACCUCGAAUAAAGGAAGAGGCGCUGCAUGGAAGAAAAAAUCUUCAUGGACACAAUUAGUUAGCCAGGAAGCCACCUCCUUCAGUAUUACUCAAAUUUUAUCAAACAAUACUUCUGAAAAACAGGUACAAAGGGAAUCCGAUGUCAUCAAUGUUAAUCUCUUUGCGCCAAGCGAAAAUAAUGAUUCAAUAGAACAGGAAAGUCGAAGUACUGCGGCAGAUGAAUCUGCUGCAUUUGUAAUUGCAAAAGAUGAAACUGCCUGUUAUGAUGUCAAGAAGAAUGACCAACCUGCAGUGCAAGAAAAUGAGCCCUCUCCCACCGAAGUUAUUGAGAGGCAUAUUAAACCACAGGAAGCAGGUUCAUUUGAUGCUAAAAGCGUCGAAACUUGCUGCCCGUUUAUGAGAAAUUCUCGGUCGGUAGCCGAGUGGACAAAGAUAAAAGCUGCUCUUUCUGGUGGAUCCAAGAAGAAAAAGCAGAGACAAUUGGAUACUCAAUAGCAUAGGUAUGUAACUCUUAAAUCUUGGUUGAAUGUGGGGGCUUCAUUAUGUCUGAACAUAAAUUAGUUUCAUCUGCUUAUGAACAAUCCAUUGCAGCUUUGAAUGGGUUCUUGGGGUGAAAGUGUUUUUAGCCUUAGAAGCAAAAUUUAAAAGUGAAGUGUUGUCUACCUGCAUUAUUGACAUUUUAUAAGUUAGCCUUAUAAUUUAAAUCAGCUAUUAUUCAUAGACAA